AUUUCAUACAGAAACAUCAUGGAACACCAAAGUGAAAUGCAAGCAGCCAAACUUCUUAAAGCUCAAAGCCACAUUUGGAAUCACAUAUUCAAUUUCAUAAAUUCUAUGUCCCUUAAAUGUGCUGUUGACUUAAGCAUACCUGAAACCAUUUAUAAUUAUGGCCAGCCCAUGCCACUUUCAAAGCUUAUUGCUUCAUUGCAAAUUCAUCCAUCAAAAUCCUCCUUCAUCCAUCGCUUGAUGAGAAUCUUGAUCCAAUCGGGCUUCUUCGCUACUGAGAAUGUGGCCAACAAUGAGCUCGAAAUCGGGUAUGUUCUAACGGAUUCAUCUAUGUUGCUACUUAAGGACAGCCCCUUGAGUGUGACGCCGUUCUUGCUUGCCAUGCUUGAUCCCAUCUUCACAAAACCAUGGCAUCAAUUGUCCACAUGGUUCAGAAAUGAUGAUGCUACAACAUUUGAAACUGAAAAUGGGAUACCAUUUUUCGAGUUUUUUGGCCGUGAGCCUAGACUUAAUAAUCUUUACAAUGAUGCCAUGGCAAGUGAUGCUAGAUUGGUUUGCAAUUUGUUACUUGAUGACAAGUACAAGGGCGUGUUUGAGGGUUUGGAAUCAUUGGUUGAUGUUGGUGGAGGCACUGGAACUCUUGCAAAGGCCAUUGCCAAAUCAUUUCCCCAAUUGGAGUGCAUUGUAUUCGAUCAACCGCAUGUUGUUGCUGGCUUCGAAUUUGAAGGAAGUGAGAACCUUAGAUAUGUUGGAGGAGACAUGUUUGAGGCCAUUCCUCCGUCUAAUGCCAUUUUGUUGAAGUGGAUUUUGCAUGACUGGAAUGACGAAGAAGGUUUGAAGAUAUUGAGAAAAUGCAAAGAGGCAAUCAUGAAAAAUGGUAGCAAAGGAGGAAAGGUGAUUAUCAUAGAUACGGUGAUGAAGGAUGAGAAGCAAGGUGAUGAUGAAUCACUUCAAACACAACUCUUCUUUGACAUGCUGAUGAUGGUGUUGCAUUCUGGAAAGGAAAGAAAUGAAAAAGAAUGGGCCAAAUUAAUAUUCUCUGCUGGUUUUAGUAACUACAAGAUAACUCCAAUUCUAGGAAUAAGGUCUCUCAUUGAGAUAUAUCCAUAACAACUUAAUGACACAAUAAUAAUGGAUGAGAAUAUUGUAUCUGAGAGUCCUUUAAUUGUUUAAUGUCAAAAUUGCAGUUUACUCGUGUAAUCAAGGUUCCUUUUGGUGUUCUAUCUCAAUUCAGCCAA